UCCUAGUUUUAGUUUUAUGUCAACAGAGUUCCUCUUUAACACCGUUUAACACGACCAGAACCAGGACAAAACCGGUCCAAAACCAGGACAAACACGACCAGAACUAGGAGAAACCGGUCCAGCUCGGUUCUAGCUACAGAAGAAGCCUCCUGCUGGUUCUCCUGGUGGGUUCUGAGUGUUUCUUGAUGUUGAGAUGAGUUCUUCUGGACUUCUCUGGGCGGUUCUGGUUCUGGUUCCGGUCUGUGUGCUGCUCGGUUCCGCGGGGGAUGUGACCACCAUCGGAACCACCGGGCUCCGACCCACCGGGACCAACUCCAGCCGGCUGAACUCCACCCAGCCCGGUGCCGGAGGUUCGAUCCCCGGCCUCCGCGGGAUGCAGGCGGACAGCUCGAUGAUCCAGCGGGCCCUCUACGUCCUGAUCGGCUUCACCAUGCUGGGAGUCCUCUACUUCCUCAUCAGAGCGGUCCGGCUGAAGAGGCCGGCCUAUAAGAAGAAGUACGGUCUGCUGUCGAACUACGAUGACUCGGUGGAGAUGGAGGCGGUGGAGAGCGAGGAGGACGACACGCUGUACGAAGCUCGCAGCCUCCGCAGAUGAGUCCUGAUGGAUCAGAGGAGUGGAGUGUUUACGGUCAGCUGAUAUUGAUUAUGGAUCAGAGAGAGAGAGAGGACUGAUCAAUGAUGCUGCAGGAGGAAGAAGAAACGGACCAAACGGUUGUUGGAGAUCGAUGCCAAAGCUGCUCGAGGAGCAGGAUAAUCAUUAUUUUUUUAAGGUGGUAUUGGAUGAUGGAGUAGAAGCAGGCGAGACGGAUCAGUAGAUCAUUUUGAUAAUCACCCUCUGUUUUUAUUAUUAUUGUUAUUAUUAUUAUUAGUUUUUUCAUUCUGAGUGCUUUAACUACUGCAGACUGCCUCCAGACCAGCUGAUGAAGCUGCUCGGAGGACUUCUCCGUAUCCAUAUCACUUUCAUUUCUGCCCUGUUAAAGGAUGCUUCUGGUUUAUUUGGCGUGUUUUCCUUUAAAUGUGACUGAAAUGAACCCCUCACACCAAACUCCAUUCAUAAACCAUCAAUUUCAUAUUUCCUCUGGUAUCAGCAGAUAAAAUAUGAUUUAUGCUCUUUUGUACAUUACUUAGUGGCCACUCUUUAGUUGGGCAUCAAACAGAAGCAGCCUCUAACUCCUGACGACGAGCGGCAGCUAGUUUCUGAACGCCAAGAAUACAAAGAAGAAGAUUUAGAAGAUGUAGUUUCCGUUAGCCGCCGCUGGAGGAUGAAGACUCCGGUUGUGGAUUAAAGACGUCUCGUUGUUUUUAUUUUGGUGUAUUUUUUAAUCUCUCAGCUUCGUGUUGACUCCAGGAUCCUAUUUAUAACCUGCAAACAUCAGACCGCCAAUACGCCAUGACCACGCCCCCUUUAGGGGAACCAACCCCGUGUCCCUCAGAGACGUAACAGAGGAAACAGAAGUUCAAACGUGUCUCCAAACUUCUCCAGGCUAUAGACUUGAGCUUGAGUAAUUCAGUCACACAUUAACGUUCUAGCAGCAUCAGACUAAAUCUCAGCCUGUAGAUCAAACCGUUGGUUAUUAACAGACAACACUCAGUCAGAUAUGUAGAGAUGUCUGGAUCAGUAAUAUCCUCCUCUGGAGGGACGUGGUGGAGAUCAAACUUCAUUUAUGAAGGUCUCACCAACGCUCAGGUUCAGGCAACAUCACUAAAUAACUAUUAGACGUGUUUAAAAACAUUGAAGUGUGAGAUCUUCUGGGUUUGUUGUUCGUUGCAUGUUUCAGCGAGGACGCAGAGAAACAGGAAGUAGAUCUGAGAGGUGAAACCAGGUCAGCGUCAGACGGAGUUAAACCUGAAUCAUCUCAAACACGCUGAGUUAAAGUAAACACACCCACAGAGAGAGAAGCUGUUGACUCACCGGGGCAACGUGCACAUCACCGCUUUGUUUGUUUGUGUGUUAGUGAGGCUGCAGGUUGAACUGCUGUUUGUGUUUCUAUAUCUGAUGAUCCAGAUUAUUACCAACAAGGUCCAACAUGUGAGAAGACGAAUAACACACAAAGGAGACAUUCAACAUAGAAACAGCUGGAAUAAGAAUAAAUCAGCUGCACGUUUAUGUAAAACACAUCCGAUUGAAAUAAACCAGAAUCAUCUUCUAAGUUGCUCUUUAAUUAUAACUCAGUAAUAUUUCAUUCCACUUUAUUUUAUUGUGAAUAAUUUACUCAUAACUUCAGUUUAUUCAGUUUUAAGUUUUGCAGAACGAACCUUUUGUACGAAUUAUAAAGAAAACGUGUUCCAUUUAAAGCCAAAUAAAUAUGAACUCUAUUAUUUAUUAUUUGACACGCUGUGUUCUUGCCUGUAAACAACUUCCAUAUUUUUAUUCACAUCUAAUGGUGUGAACGCCGGCGUUGUUCUCCAGGUCUUUAAUAAACUUCUAUUUCUUCA